ACUCAGGAUGGGAUGAAUUAUAGCCGGUCUUUUAUCCAAUCCCAUGCUUAUGAAAUAAAUUUAAUCCCAACAUUACCAUGGGACAAGGUGGGAUUAGAUUAAAUUUCCUAAACCUAACCUUGUAUUUUUCCACCUUUCUCGCUCCCGAUUUCUCCUCACCGGUGAGCUUCUCUCUCCCCAACUUCGUCUCCCGCCAUGAACUCUACUCUGCCCGAUCUUCUCUCUCACUGGUGACCUCUUUCCUUGAUUCUCCUGUCUCAUAUAUGAUUUCUCUCUCGUCGAUUCUCCUCCUCCUUUAUUAUUGAUGAUUCUCUCCCCUGACUCUCCUCUUUUACCAAUGCUUUCUCUCUCCCCUUUUGGUCUGCUCCAGCAAGUUGACUUCAUGGGCUUCACAGAUCUUUUGCAAGGAAGAUAAAAUCAUAUCGAUUUCAACUUCAAUCGAUCUUACUCAGUACUUUGUUAGAGAAGAUGGCGUGAUGAACAGCUUUAACCCCUUUUUUCAUCGUUUGGUUGCGGAAGACGGCGACGACAACGGCGAGCGCAAAGUAACCAAGCCUCGCCGGUUGUCGUUCUCGCCGUCGUCUUGUCCGCCCUCACCGUCAACUUCCAGGCCUGAGAAGUUUAUUCACCUCAUUCCAGUUCUCACCCUUCUUUGCUUCCUCAUCCUCUUUCUCUCCUCUCACGCUCCAUCUCAAUCAGAUUUGGCUCAUUUUGCUCAAUUCAAGCGCUCCUCUAAGCAGCUGGAUUCAAGUGAUGAAAUCGGCGAUGCUGGUGGAUUUGUUGAUUUCCGUAAAGGUGAUAUUCUGGCGAUUAGAAGUCUAAGGAAUCUGAAGGAAUCGGAAGAGUCGAUGGAGAUGGGAGGCGAUGGGAUGGAGAUGAUUGCAGAAAGGGCAAAAAAGCAGAAAGGGCGAAAAAGAAGGAAGGGCUGGGGAUUAAGACAACGACGUGGUUUAUGGUUGGGACUCCAAAUUUUUUUUUAGGAGGCAGAACUGACGGCCACUUUCCCCCGUGUGUGUGUAUAUAUAUAUAUAUAUAUUUUUGAACAAAGUGGCAAAGGGGGUUCGAACUUCGAACCCUUGGUGGGGAGGGGAUUCCACCUCCAAGACAGCUCCGAAGGCUACUUGACCCAAAAGUUGCAGUGCUGGUGUUUGUUAUAUAGUUGUUUGGUUUUUGAGAAAAAAAUGAAAACAAAUAUAUUUCAAUUGUAAAAGAAAUACUGAUUGCUUUA